GCCCGCAGACGCAUUUCUCUCCAGAGCCCCCCCCUUCCUCUUUCACUCUCUCUCACCCUGUCUAACUCUCUCCAUCUCUCUCCUACUCUCUCCUUUACACUCACACACACACACACACACACAGUUAGUGUCAACAAAGCUGGAGAACAAGAGACAUAGAAUGAACAGGGGAAUAAAGGUCCACGGAGGAGGAAAGUAACACACAGGACCCAGCGCAUCAUUUCACCUGCACACUUGGAGGAAGGAUUGGUGGAUCGAAAGAGGGAGAGAGGAGCCAAAGGUGACAGUGAUUAGGGGCAGACACACACACACACACAGGACAGGACUCCUUAUUUCUCUUCAUGGUGGUUUGGACACUCGUAGUAUGUAUGAGAAGUUAACAAUGCUGAACCUGCAGAGCGGCUCGAACUGGAGUGGGCCUAACAACUGGUACCAUGACCCCACCAGCGUUCAGACGCAACACAGCACAGUGUCGGAGGGCUGUCUGCUGGACACGGAGGGCAGCAUGGGUGGGGAGGCAGGGGGAGGGGGAACGGGCAGAGGGGGAGGAGUCCCCGUGGAGAGGGACGAGGGCGAGGAGUCUCAGCUGAGGCUACAGCUCAAGAGGAAGCUGCAGAGGAACAGGACCAGUUUCACACAGGAGCAGAUCGAGGCUCUGGAGAAAGAGUUUGAAAGGACACAUUACCCAGAUGUCUUUGCGAGGGAGAGAUUGGCAAACAAGAUUGAUUUACCAGAGGCCAGGAUACAGGUGUGGUUCUCAAAUCGAAGAGCCAAGUGGAGGAGGGAGGAGAAGCUGCGCAAUCAAAGGAGAUCAGGGGGCGUGACUUCCUGUUCACAGAGCCAAGCCCCUCUGACCACUUCCUUUAACACAUCUAUCUAUCACCAGCCGCACGGCAGCAGUUCAGGGUCCAUGUUGAGUCAGGCUGAGUCGUCCCUGCCCAGCUACAGCUCCCUGUCAGUUUUCUCAUCUGGAGUCCAGUCCAUUCCUCCCCAGUCGACCUCCUCCUACUCCUGCAUGUUACCUCCUUCCCCCUCUGCCCCACGCAGCUUUGACUCAUCGGCGUACUCCUCCCCUCACCUGCAGACUCCUUCCUCGGCCAACUCCAACACCGGGCUCAUAUCGCCCGGCGUUUCAGUGCCAGUCCAGGUCCCAGGAACUGAGCAGCAGAGCAUGAGUCAUAACCUGGGUCAGUACUGGGCCAGGUUACAGUGAACAACAGACAAUCGCUGCCAACCGGCAAAACAGAAGAACGAAAAAAGGGCAUGUAACAAAAAAGUGUUGAGAAAACAAUAUGGGGACACACGGGUUGUAAGGAAGCACAGGACUGAGCUAUAGAGGGGGCCUCAAUCAGUUGCAGAGCCCAAAAUGCAUUAAAUGUUUACAAAUUCAGCCAAGAGCAGCUUUGGUUGCACUUGACUGUACUCUGGUUAUACUGGUAUUUGCUUAGUAUUAUCAGGUUGCACUUUUUUGUUAAGAUAGGGUGUUAAUCAUAGGGCUCAGGUCAAGAUUACGAAUAAAUGAGGUGUGUUUAGGAUUAAAAUAGAGUCUGAGAUUAGGAUAGGGUUUAGGUUACACCGUCUGUCGAGAUGCAAAAAGUGGCAGAGCUUAAUAUCCCCAGAUAGUUGAGAAUUAGCAUUGGCCCCUUCAAAAGUUUUACCAUAUUUUAUUGUGUUGAACAUUUUGGUUUUUACUUAGAAAAUUUCAUGAUCCAAAAAACAAGGAAAAAGAAAAUGUACUGUUUAUUACAAAAGCACUGGAUAGAAAACAGAACGCCUGUCUGUGGUUGAAAGCUCUGAAAAGCCAGUAAGUAGACUUUUGAGUUUAGAUUAUUGUGUUAAACAUUUUAUCCAUAGAGGUGGCAGGAGACUGCUUUUGAGUUUCAGUUAAGAAAGUCGACCUGAUGUUAAUACCAGCUCUCAGCCCAACAAAAACUUAACUGCCUCCAACUUUAUUAAAAAAA